GACAUCAACACGCCAUGCAUAAUCACAGACAACGUCCAGGAGUUUGGAGACGGAGAGAACACUGAUUUCGAGACGGUGUUCGUCCUCACAGAGUUUGAUUCUCCCGACUACAGCUACCUCUACAAACACGACAACCGCAUUAUUGGGCCUCCUGUUGUGCUUCACUGUGCUGCAAAGGAGGAACCUCUGCAGUUCUCAUGCCGUCCUCUCUACUCCACAACAAUGCUUAACCUGUCGCUGUGUUUCACCGGCUUCAGGAACAAAGAGGAAAUGAAGAACUUGGUGAAUCUGGUUCAUCACAUGGGUGGGACCAUCCGGAAAGACUUCAGCACCAAGGUUACUCAUCUCAUCGCCUACUCUACUCAUGGAGAGAAAUACAGGCUGGCAGUGUGCAUGGGGACGCCCAUCCUCACUCCAUCAUGGAUUCACAAGGCCUGGGAGAGAAGAGAUGAUGUGUGCUUCCAUGCAGGAGAAGAGGAGUUUCGAACAGAGUUCAAAGUGCCUCCAUUCCAGGACUGCAUCCUGAGUUUUUUGGGUUUCUCAGAUGAAGAGAAGACCAACAUGGAGGAGAGGACUCUCAAACACGGUGGCAGUUAUCUUGAGAUUGGAGAUGAGAGGUGCACACACAUGGUGGUAGAGGAAAACUCAGUAAAGGAGCUGCCAUUUUCUCCCUCCAAGAAACUCUUUGCAGUCAAACAGGAGUGGUUCUGGGGAAGCAUUCAGAUGGACGCUCGGGCUGGAGAAUCUAUGUACCUCUACGAGAAGAACGACAGCCCGGCCAUGAAGAAGGCGGUGUCCCUCCUGUCACUCACCACCCCCAACAGUAACCGCAAGCGUCGGCGUCUGAGGGACACGCUCGCUCAGCUCACCAAGGAGACGGAGAUCUCCCCAUUCCCUCCACCACGCAAGAGGCAAUCAGCAGAGCACAACCUGUCUAUAGGUUCGCUGCUGGACAUCUCUAACACCCCUGAGACAUGCAAAGCCUUGGCAGAGAGUUCGAAGCCAUCCAAAAGUUCGACUCCGGUUCUGUCCAAGCAGUCAGCCAGGUGGCAGGUCUCCAAGGAGCUCUACCAGACUGAGAGCAACUAUGUAGACAUUUUAAGCACCAUCCUACAGCUCUUUAAGCUGCCAUUGGAAAAAGAGGGGCAGGUGGGCGGACCCAUCCUAGCCCAAGAAGAAAUGAAAACGAUAUUUGGCAGCAUCCCAGACAUCUACGAGGUCCACACCAGAAUAAAGAGUGACCUCGAAGAUCUCCUUUCAGACUGGUCAGAGGACAGGAGUGUGGGGGACAUCAUACUCAAAUAUUCUAAAGAGCUGGUGAAGGCCUACCCACCCUUUGUCAACUUCUUUGAAAUGAGCAAGGAAACUAUUGUUCGGUGUGAGAAACAAAAGCCACGCUUCCAUGCUUUUCUCAAGAUCAACCAGGCCAAGCCAGAGUGCGGCAGGCAGACGCUGGUGGAGCUGCUAAUCAGACCUGUACAGAGAUUGCCUAGUGUGGCCCUUCUUCUAAACGACAUAAAGAAGCAUACGUCAGAUGACAACCCAGACAAGAUAAAACUGGAGAAAGCUAUUGAGUCUCUGAAAGAGGUUAUGACUCACAUCAACGAGGACAAGAGGAAGACCGAGGGCCAGAAGCAGAUCUUUGAUGUCGUUUAUGAAGUUGAUGGCUGUCCUAUUGCAAGGAAGCGACACAAGGUGAUCAAUACAUUUAAGAGUCCACUGGGACAGACGAGACCACCGCCCCCGCUCAAACACAUCGCACUGAUGCCGCUGUCCCAGAUUCGAAGAGUGCUGGACCUGCAGGACUCAGAGGAAUGUGUGAACGCAUUUGCCUUGGUGGUUCGCCCUCCAACUGAACAGGAGAACUUGUUGUUCAGCUUCCAACUGGUGGGAGAGGAAACAGUGAAAAGCACCUGGCUACGAACACUCUGCCGCCACGUCGCCAACACCAUCUGCAGAGCUGAUGCGGAGGACCUGAUUCAGUGUACAGACCCAGACUCACUGCAGGUCAGCACCAAGGAUAUGGACAGCACCCUGAGCAAAGCCUCCAGGGCCAUCAAGAAGACUUCUAAAAAGGUGACAAGGGCUUUUUCUUUCACCAAGACCCCGAAGCGUGUGAUCCAGAGGGCGUUCAUGGCCAGCGGUACUCCAGAUGAGAAGAGCCAGAGGCUGAGCUGUGAAAACCGUAUCGGCAGCAGCUCCACGUUGGCUAUGUCUCGCUCUGCCUCCACGUUCAGUUUGAGUGAUUCUGCCAAGUGCAGUGCCGUGGUGCAGCGGUCUAACUCUCUGGAUCAUCCUCCUGUCAGAGCCAGGGUCCCUGUCUGUGUGCGUACCCCCUGCAGCCCAGCCCGUAGCCCCGGCCCCAACACUGCCCCUGAGGUCAACCAAAGCCUCUACCCCAACUAUUGCCCUAGCACCCGACAACGCAAGUCUAUCCUUCAUGCCCCAUUAUCGGCCCAACCAGCACAACCUCAUUCAGGCCUCUACACUUCCCAAAAGUCCACCACUUCAACCCAUCCCACCUCUACCUCCACCUCCAUUCCAACUGUCCAAAACUCCAAAAACUCCCAGCUAAAAUCUAGCCAGCAUGUAUCCAGACACCUCCCCUCUGUAGGGUUUCAAACAAGGUCCCCAGCUCCCCAUCCUGUUAAUGUCAAAGGCAGGACCUUUUCUGACUCAUGCAGGGAUACCCUAGUCCCCUUGGACCCACGCAAACCUGUCCUGGCCAGUCCUCGCAAGGAGACUCUGCUCUAAACCAUCGCUAAGCUCAGUCCUGGAGUCUGAUGCACACCAUUCCCCAUCCAUGGUCAAUCUGCCUUCCAUGUUUGAGAGGAAGUACCACACAUUCAGUCGCUCGACCACCCACCUCUUCUG